GCAGACUGCUGCAUAGAGAACGAGGCCCCUCCCUUGUUUCAGAGAGAGCCUCUCUCCAAGAGUGAGAGCAAGUGAGAAGGAGGAGAGGAGGAGAGAAGCAGGGGAUCAGCCUGUCAGCCAGUUAGUGUGGAGCAAGAAGAGGAUGCUGGACAUUCAUCUCCCCAGAUCCCCUCAUUGACAUAGGGCCCACUCAAUCAAUGCCAGAUUAGCGACAACCCACUCUUCUCUCAACAGCAGCAACCCAGAGGGAACACGUAGAAUGGAGGAGGACACAAUGAAAUUAGUUGAAUCCAUAGGACCAAUUGAAGAAAAACCUCUUAAACCAUUUCCAUUCUGAGGCAAGGCAAGGGGAGAUCUGAGGACUUUUAAAAUGUUUUCCUCUCCCGGUAUCCAGCCACGGGAGCAUGUGGACAUGAUUUACAUCUCCAUGGAGACAGCCAUCGCCCUGGUCUCUGUGCUGGGAAACGUGCUGGUGGUGAUGGUGGUUUGUGUAAACCGCGCCCUGAGGGACACCACGUUCUGCUUCAUCGUGUCUCUAGCGGUGGCCGACAUCGCUGUGGGAGCCCUGGUCAUUCCCCUGGCUAUAGUGAUUAGUCUGGGGCUGAAGACUCAAUUCUACACCUGCCUCUUCCUCGCCUGUCUGCUCCUUAUCAUCACCCAGGGUUCCAUCCUGUCUCUAAUGGCCAUCGCCAUUGACCGCUACCUCCGGGUCAAGAUUCCCAUCAAGUACAGCAUCAUCGUGACCCAGAACAGGGCAUGGGUGGCAGUGUUCCUGUGCUGGCUUCUCUCUGCCCUGACCGGGCUGGUGCCAAUGUUGGGCUGGCACAAUGAGCACACACACGGUAACCUCAGCACCACCAGCGAUGACAUAAUAGUUUGCACGUUUACCACGGUCAUGCGCAUGGACUACAUGGUCUACUUCAACUUCUUUGGCUGGGUGGUGGUUCCUCUGACUAUCAUGAUCGCACUGUACGCUGAGAUCUUCAGGGUGAUCCGAAAGCAGCUCAACAUGCGUGCAGAGGCCACCUGCGACACCAGCAAGUACUUACACAAGGAGCUAAAAUUAGCCAAGUCCCUGGCGCUCGUCGUCUUGUUAUUCGCUCUAUGCUGGUUGCCCCUGCAUGUCAUGAACUGCAUCGUUUUCUUCUGCCCGGAGUGUGGGAUGCCCAAGAGCGCCAUGUACGUGGGCAUCUUUAUGUCCCAUGUCAACUCUGCCCUCAAUCCGCUGGUCUAUGCCUUCCGGAUACAGCGGUUCCGCGCCACGCUAGUCCAGAUUGCCCGCCGCUGCAUGCUGUGUAAACACAAGGAGACCAGCCCCUGUCCCAACCAGCCCAGCCCGCCGCCCCUGGCUAAGAAAACUCCAGUCCACCCUUAGCCAGGACGUGCACUGUUUCUAUGCUUUUCCUGCGGAAUAGUUGUGUCAAAGAAGUAGCCAUAGUGCAAUGAUGAGGAAACUUAUGCAACCAUGUGAGAGACAUUUGGGAUGAAGGAAACAGUAUGUGGACUGCAGGCUAGUUUGUAAUGGCCCCCAAUUACUGGAAUGAACUCCAACAAAGAGCACUUCACUGAAUUAUGGAAACGAAAUGAAUUUACAAUUGAAAUAGGCCCCACCUGGGAAAGACAAUCCAGGAAAAAGGAAGACUUUAAAUAAGAAUUAGCCCAGGCCAUAUCUGUCAUUUCACUCACUGAUGCCAGCUGCAAUGCAUAUUGAGUAAUUUGCGGUAUAACGAGAUCCUUGUCAAAUUGGCCUGUAACACACUCAUCCUCUUUCAGCUUUAGUGGCAUGUGUAUGGGUGGGGUGCUGUUACCUUGCCAACUGUUUUUGGUGAAUGCCGUUGUAACAAAAAUAACGAUUUACAAGAGUUGGUUCAAUACUACUGUAAAAUCCCAUGCUUUCCCAGGAAGAUCACUCAAAAUGCCUAUAUCCGUUUUACAGUCAAGCUGUUGUCCAUCAAGAUCCACAAAGGAAAUGUAAAUCAAGACAAUUCUCUGUAAACCAAGCUCCACAGAUUAUUCUUAAGAAUAGUUUCAGGUGAACAGGUUCAACAAUGCUUUGUUUGAGAAGAAUGAUCUUGGUUGUGCCAUCAUUUUCAUAACACUGACAGGGUGUUGAAAAAGGCUCCGGCAUCUGAGUGAGCCCGAUUUAAAUCCAGAGUGAAUUCAUUACAUGCGGUACAUUAUGGCUGUGUGAUUUAUACAACCCUGGAAAACCUUUAUGCAAGCCUUUGUCAGUUCUGCUUCGUCAUCAACUUGACCCUCACAAGGCACUUCUGUAUAACUGAUACACAUGGGGUUAGGUGGUUGGAAAGAGAGUCUGGGGAUAUUGCAUUUGCAUUCAAAGUUAAUAAAUAAUAAUAUCCUACUAAUUACACACUAGCUAAAUUGUUUGACAAUCUGCAUCAUCAGCAUUGUUUUAUAUGGCUAUCAGAGUACGGGAUUUUUUGAGAUUCUGAUAUUACCUCCAAAUGUUUCCUAAAAGUAGAGAUACUGAAAGCAUGCACUGUCCUUGUUUAUGAUGUACUUCAACAUAAUCUUUAUUACAAAGUACAAAUACAUCUGUGACUGAGGAGCACGCCAAAUGUGGGCAACCCACCACUUGGCAAAGCACGCCAGAGAAACCAAUCAAUCCUGACCCCACUGAUACAGAGAGUGAAGUGGUUUACUCAAAUAAAGAGAUCCUGCAUGGAUCUGUUAGAAAUAGCUGUUAGAAAUGGACAGUCUACACAGACUAAAUACUUCAUGACAGGACAUGGGAGAGGUGACACUGAUGCAAGGGCUUCUGCAAUUUGCUCCUGUCACUCAUGUUGUCUGUGAAAGAGGAGACUGACCUGAUUGACAAAAGCCAAUUUCCCAUGUUAGUUCUCUCUCUCUCUUUACCUUUACCCAUCUGUUACCUUGGGUCACAAGCACUCCCCCGAACAAAAUACGAGUAUUCCGAAGGGACACUCUUGCAGUAUUGGUGCUGUAAAACUAUAAUCACCAGACACUUUGCAUUUCUCUCUCAUUAUUUUUUAGUUUUGUGAACGUUGAAAUCUUGAAAUCCUGAGAGGAUUUAGGGUGAUGUGAUUCAUAGAAUCACCCAAUGGAGGACAUCUUAAAGAAAUGUCGCAGGAAGACCAACCAAGAGAAGAGUGCCUACUACACGGACCACUGCUUUCUUGUCUUUUGUCAUCUUGUUCCUCUUUGUGCUGUUUGGGGAGGUUAUCUACAAAACGUGGUGGGUGUCAAACGAGCAUAAGCUUAAGGCGUUUUUGAUCGACUUUGCCACAUACCUGUUCGCCCAGGAUGAAGGGGAGGAGAUGAUUGAACUGUAUGCCUAUUGGACAGUAUAACAUCCUCAUGAUUACCUGAGGAUCACCACACCAGACAUUGUGAUUUGUCAGUAGGCCACUUUGCUUUGACAGAAAUAUUUGAAAUGUGAUUAAUUGUUGUCUGUUUGGAAAUCCUGUUUUUGUUUGUAACUGAACGUGUGCAUGGAAAUCCACUAGAUGUACUCUGAAUAAUCAUCUAAACUCCAAGAUUGUCAAUUACUCAAUAAACUAAACUGUGUAAUUAAAGUGUGCUUGCUGAAAGCCAAGCACAACUUUAGAAAUAGUUCAUGAUUUUACUUCCUCUGCCACCUGUAGAGGCAAAACCAUAAAAGCUACCAACACCAAUACAACUGUAAAGGCCACUUAGAACCAACUUCUCUGGUUUUAAACGGCUUAUGUCGCAAAGAUAUGAGUCAGAAACGUUCAUUGUAGUGUAAAAAUUGACUGCCAAGUGUAAAUUGGAUAAUUUUGGUCAUAAAGUCAGGCUCGUCCAAAACAGAGUUUUGUAAGUGAGUUCGUCAAAGUUUACUGGAGGAUUGGGUAUGGAUUACUUACACUUUUGCCAAUGAUGCCCAAUUGCCUAGAAACAACAAGUUGUGGUCCGCCCCCCAGCUGCCAUAUGGACAUUUGUUGUCUGCAUGUGGAUGUAACGCACGCACAUUUCCCUCUGAAAAUAGGAAUGAAAAUGGGCUUCCAUAAGUUUGUUCAAC